AUGGAAGUAGCACCAAUUUUACAGCCAUGCAACAAUCAUCACCAUCCGGAGAGCGACUCGAGCACGAACUCACCGGCCCGCCGAGACCGAAACGAGCCGAUCCUGCUGGAUCUGACCCUGUCGGCCCAGGAUCCGGCCCAUCCCAAUAAAGCCCCACCGACCGAGAUUGAGAAUCACGUUUCCGAAAGUCGCGUCUUCUCUUGCAACUACUGCAACCGCAAAUUCUACAGCUCCCAGGCGCUGGGAGGCCACCAGAACGCCCACAAGCGCGAGCGGACCAUCGCCCGACGGGGCCAGCGCGGCGCCGCCGAGCAGAGGUUCCCGAGCAUGGCGUCCCUGCCGCUGCAUGGGUCCCUCGCGGCCAGCAGGUCGCUAGGGAUACAGGUCCACUCAAUGAUCCACAAGCCGGGUUUUUCGUCGGGCUAUUACGGGGCGGUCGGGUACGGGUAUCCGGGUUGGGCGAGGAAGGCCAUGGAUCAGCAGCCGGGGGUGGGUCGGCUGGAGGUGCCGGAGGCUUCGUCGGGGAGCGGUGGUUGGAGGUUCCCGGCGGUGGCGGUUGCGGACGGGGCACGCGAAGGGUUGUUCAGAUCGUCGUGUGAUAGUGGGUCCCGUUUGAAGAAUAUUAGUGCUAAUAAUAAUAAUAGUAGUAAUAAUCAAGAGGAGCUCAAAAAAUUGGAUUUGUCUCUCAGAUUAUGA